GAAACACAACCACAACCGCAAGGUGAGCUUCAUAGGGCGGUAAGCGUUAAGAAUGACAGACACUGAUAGCGAUCCGUUUAAGGAGAAUGUAGGAUUUGAUGAAUCUCCCACUCGACACAAGGAAACGGCGGCAUCGCUCCUUUCACCUGUUCAGAAGAAUAUGUGGGACAGCAAUGACCCAAUGAGAAACCCACCACCGCUACCAUUGUCGCCAAAAAUGCUACGUUCUGCGAAGAGCUCGCCUAGCAAGCCGCACAAUGGGUCCCCUGGUCGUUUUCAGCUCAGCAAUGUGGAUACGUCAGAGAUUGAAUACCAGGUGAAGAAGCUUACAGAGUCGCAGGCGUCUAUGAAGUACCUACUACAGAGCAUUGACACAUCUGUUAAGACUACACAGCUGGAUCUUGAAAGUUUGAACGAGAGAUCGUCGAACAACAAUACACGCUUGAAAGAUUUACUCCAGACCGUGGCGUCGAGUGCGCACGUUGAAACCGAUGUUACCCAGGAAAAGAUCCAUGAGAUAUUCAGCAAGUCCUUUGGUCCAGUUUCAGAGAAGUUGGGUAAAAUUGAAACGAUGAAGAGCGAAAUCCUAUCAAAGCUUGUUGAGAUCGAAGAUCGGCCAUCUCCGAUUGAGGAGAACAUUCUCUCGAAGCUAGGCGAAGUUAAAGAACAGAUAUUCCUUGCAAUGCAAAACCAGCCAAGCAUUGACGAUGUUAAUCGGAUUCAUGAGAGUAUCAAAGACAUUGCCAAUGAUGAUAAAUCGUCAGAUAUAACCAAGAACCAGCAAGAGAUCCAAACAUUACUUGCAUCAAUUCAGGUAUCCUUGACAAAAUUAAUGAAUCAGGAUAUCAAGGAAAUUUUGGUCUCCCAUCAAGAACAGUUAGAAUCACGUGUCCGCUCUAUUCAUGAAACGGUUCAAGCAUCAACAGUGCAACACGAGCAAGCUGAUGUUUCUGGUGAACGCCUCACACAAUUAAUGGAUACUAUGAAACAGUUUCAGGAUACCCUGAUUGAUAAGCUUGAAACCAUUUCUAAGGACAUUGUUCAGAAUGAAAUUUUGGAACAUAUGAAAACUGAGUUUCAAACUUCAUUGGAUGCUUUCAGAUCCACUGUGGAACGCCAGUUAGAGGGAAUCUCUGGAAAUCAAUAUACCGCGCAAUCUGGGGAUUUGCUCCAUGAAAAAACUGUAUCACUUGGUGAAACGCUCAUACAUUUGGAACAUUUGACCAAGAAUGAGUGCAAUACCCUCGCUUCGUCCAUAAUCGAACUCAAGGAAAAAUCAUCAUCAAGUAUCGAUGAAAGCACUAGGAUCAUUUUGGAAAAGAAAGAUUUGGAAUUAGAAUUGAAAGAUUCCCGUAUAAGAGAAUUAACAGCUAAACUUGAAGAAUUACAAUCCAAGGAGGCACUGCAAGAAUCCAUAGGGGAAUUAUACUCUAAGCGUGGGAAACUUGAAUCCAAAUUGGAGCGGUUGAAUGAAAUCUAUGACGCGCGCUACAAUGACUUGAAGCAAAUGACUAAUGAAUAUGAAAGAGUUUCUGAGAAAUUCAUGAAUUUGAACAUCGAAAAGCUCCAGUCGAUAAUGAAUACAACCACUUUUGCAAACUUUUCAAAUGAAGAUUCUGUUCUUUCAAAGCCGGCUCAAAACGGUAACAGAGUAUUGAGCACGAAUUCGUAUUUGAUGAAUGUCAAUGCUUGUACCACACCUAAUACUAAGAAGUCUUACAACUUGAACCCCAUCAGCUCUGAUGAUCAGUCCGAUGUUGAGGAUGAUAAAGAGAACCAAGAGCACAGCAUCCAUGAGUCGCACGUCCUGGAAUCCGUAACCAGUGAACAAUAAGUUAUGAAGUGGUUGAAAUAAAUACACAUCAAUAACUACGUAUUAUGCUUUAAGAGGCAAUAGUAUGAUGUGCAAUGUAGGAUCGGACUUUAUGUACACUAAUGAAAUGUUGAACUAACCACGCUAAC